CUUGCGCAAGAUGCGGCUGCUGCUCGCGCUCCUGGCGGUGGCGGCCCUGCCCUCGGCGGGUGCAGAGUCACACUGGUGCUAUGAGAUUCAAGCCAAGACCUCCACCUGCUUAGCUGACAAAACCGAGGCCCAGAAAGGGCCAGAUAAGUGGAGUGGAAACUGCCAGAAGGAUCGCCAAUCCCCCAUCAACAUCGUCACCACCAAGGCGAAGUUGGAUGAAAACCUGGGACGCUUCUUCUUCUCUGGUUAUGACAAGAAGCAAAAGUGGACUGUUCAAAACAAUGGGCAUUCAGUGAUGAUGCUGCCGGAGAAUGAGGCCACAAUUACUGGAGGAGGACUACCUGCCAAGUACCGGGCUAUACAGCUGCAUCUGCACUGGUCCACAUUGCUGGAUGAGGGCUCAGAGCACAGCCUCGACGGGGAUCGCUUUGCUAUGGAGAUGCACAUAGUACACGAGAAAGAGAAGGGGACAUCAAGGAACGUGAAAGAGGUCCAGAACCCUGAAGACGAGAUCGCAGUGCUGGCCUUUCUGGUGGAGGCUGGAUCCACGGUGAAUGCUGGCUUCCAGCCACUGGUGGAGGCACUGACUAAAGUCCCCAAGCCUGAGAUGAACACCACAAUGAGGGAGAGCACCCUAUUGGAAUUGCUCCCCAAGGAGGAGAAACUGAGGCACUACUUCCGCUACCUGGGCUCCCUCACCACGCCAAGCUGCGAUGAGAAGGUCAUCUGGACUGUGUUUAAGGAGCCCAUUCAACUCCACAAAGAGCAGAUCCUGGCAUUCUCCCAGAAGCUGUUCUAUGACAAGGACCAGAAACUGAACAUGACAGACAACGUCAGGCCCCUGCAGCGCCGGGGCCAGCGCACGGUGUUCAGGUCCCAGGCCCCGGGACGGCUGCUGCCCUGGUCCCUGCCUGCCUUGCUGGUACCCAUGCUCCCCUGCCUGAUGGCUGACUUCCUUCGAUGAUGGCUCACAUCUGCACGUUACCUCUGACCUCAGCCCUGUAAGGCUUGGUCUUCCUGUCCUUAAGUUUCCUAGGUUCACUUCUGGCAUGAUUAAAAUAUGGGUAUAUUUUUGGAGAAA